AUGAGCCUUUCACUUCUAAAACUGUCGAGCACCAGAGUCCUGACCAAAAACUUCUUAAAAACCCUAACCAGAAGGCCAUUCUCAUUCGAAAAUUCUCCCCAGGAGAGAAAAAUUCGACAGAUCAAUCUCCUCGGGACAGCAGGUAUUGCAACUAUUCUAGUAACGUCUUACUUUCUGAUCAAGAAAGGAGGUCAAGAUGAGAAAAAUACAUCAGCCACCCUCCAAGAAACGAAUAAGGGCAAGAUCAACAAAUUGCUCGAAGGCACUUCUUCAAUGAAAGUCAUCGAUCCCAGAGACAAAGAAUACACGAUCAGGGAGAAGUACAACUUCAUAAACAAGGUGGUGAAGCAGUGCGCGCCAGCUGUGUUCUAUCUAGAAAUCCGGGAUCCUUACAGGAAAGACUUGGAGACGGGUGAACCCAUCAUAACAUCGAACGGUUCGGGUUUCGUGAUAAGCGAGGACGGGUGGGCCCUUACCAACGCCCAUGUGGUGCUGAAUAAGCCUCAGUCCACCAUAACAGCGGUCAUGAGGGAUGGUUCAUCGUAUAAAGUGAACGUAGAAGAUGCUGAUAUGAAUCUUGAUCUUGCGCUGCUGAAACUGGAGUGUCCGGGGAAGUUACCAAGCCUUCAGUUUGCGAAACCUGGAGAUACCAUGGUUGGAGAAUGGGUUAUAGCUUUGGGAAGUCCCUUAUCUCUGAGUAACUCGGUCACUGUUGGCAUUGUGAGCUGUGUGAACAGGCCGGCGGAAGACUUGGGAUUGAGGAAUUUCUCGAUGACAUACAUCCAGACCGACGCCUCGAUCACGUUCGGAAACUCGGGUGGGCCCCUGGUGAAUUUAGACGGCGAUGUCAUCGGAAUUAACAACCUCCGGUUGACUUCCGGUAUUUCCUUCGCCAUUCCCGUGGAAUAUGUCAGGAAGUUUUUAGAGAACAGCAAGUACAGGGUCAAAGCUGGAAAAAACUCUGGAGUCCUGGGGAAGACCCUUUUUGGUAUAACGACAAUCUCCAUCUCGACAGACCUCUUGACAGAAAUCAUGGAGGAGUUUAAGGUUAUCCCAAAUGACGUCAGCGAGGGCCUUUUCAUCUGGAAAGUCCUAGAAGGGACUUUAGCGUCAGAAUGUGGAAUGGAAGUUGGAGAUAUUAUAACUCACAUCAACGGCAUCGCUGUAAAAGAUCCUUCAGAAUUGUAUCUUUUAUCCAGUCCCAACGAGGACAUUGAAAUUAAAUUGAUACACAAGGGGCAGAAGAAGAUUAUAAAACUGCACACAUAAUACUCCUGCCGAGUGAAUAAAUUGACAAUAUUUUAUAUGAUAUGUUUCUGGAAUAUUUGUUAGAUAAGUAAAAUAAGCACGCAUGCUGUAGUUUUUAUUAUUUGUUGUAAGUACUGUUUGCCAAUAUCAAUUAAUCAGUCGUUUUUAAAAAAUAUUGACGUUCAAUAAAACAAGCUUGU